CCGCCAUAUAAAUUCUCUUCAAUCUAAAAGGGCAGGCCCUUUCUAGUCUCGCCAGCAACAUUUGCAGCCUCCUUCAAUAUCAUCUCCCCAGCCAGAGUCAGCGUCCUCAUCUCUCCAAAAACCGAUCCUCUGCUGGCCAUUUCCAUUUGCAGUAAGAAAUUUCAAUCCUUUUCUAGCCAAAUUUGAUUAAAUUUCUCGUUUUGGAGCUUCACCGACUGGAUAUAUACACCUCCCCACAAGCAAGAGAGACCAUUGCGUCGCUUCGGAGCCGACACUCACCGAGGGAGACGCUCAAAUGGUGAAUUCAAUUGGCCAAAUGGGGAACGGCGAAAUGGGUCCGCCGUGGCUGUUAUUAAUGCUGAACGCGCACUUCUUCGGAUCGUGCUCUGUUCAUGGAGACUCUCACAGGAGCGAAUGCAAUAUGUUCUGCUUGGACUGCAUUGGGGAUACCUUCUGCUCUUACUGUCUGGACGAUCACAAAGACCACCAUGUGAUUCAGAUAAGGAGGUCUUCCUACCACAAUGUGGUGAGAGUGAGCGAGAUUCAGAAAUACAUCGACAUCUCGAAAAUUCAGACAUACAUCAUCAACAGUGCGAGGGUCGUGUUCCUCAACGAGAGGCCGCAGUUGAGGCUUGGGAAGGGAGUGACCAACACCUGUGAGAUCUGUUGCAGAAGCCUCCAGGACUCCUUCAGGUUCUGCUCCAUGGGCUGCAAGCUCAAUGCGAUCAGGAAAGGUGACCCAACGCUCACGUUUGCCCGGAAGACGAGCCAAGGCGGGGACGAGCUUGUCGAUGGUUCCCCAACGGAUGACUCGUCCACACCCAACAAGCUUCAGACGAAGCCGUUUUUCAACCGCCUGCACCCCAUCUCAUUGCCGCCGGCCGAUCAUCACAAUACGAAAGUGGACGGCGAGGAGAGGUCUCGGUCCUCUAGCUCCGGCGAUGCCACCAGCCCCAACUUUGCUCCAUCUCCUCGCCUUGUGUACGAUCACCGGAACUCCAGGAAAAGGAAGGGUGUACCUCGUCGUGCCCCAUUCUUCUAGAAGUUAAGAAAUGCACCCAAAAAUAAAUUGGAUUAGCUAGAUGGAAGGAGGAUAGGAAUGUCAUUAUAUCUAUAUAGGAGACAAAAGUGGAGUACAAUGAUAAUGGGUUUACUCUUUUUUUUUUUCAUUUUCUUUUGCUUGGAUUUUUCUGAGAAAUGUUGCUUUUUAUUUUGCUUUAUUGGAUAUGAAGUUUGGGAUUUUAAUUAUUCGAAGUUGGUGUAGUGUAAGAUAUUCUGUGGUGGGUCCUGCACAGUUCAUGGAGGUUCUCUUUGUUUAAAAGAACGGCAAUAAUGGGGUUGCAUAUGGACUUGACGUAUGCAGAAGCAUAUUUUAUGCACAUUCAUAUAUGAUGAUGUUGCGAAGGUUUUGUAUGAA